CGUGAACCCGCAGGUCCCACCCCCCUGCGGGAGCGACUGGGGGUGGGAAAGUCGCGGUCUGGGCAGGCGGGGACGGUCCUCCCGCCGCCGUGGCUUCGGCAGAGGCGAGGCGUGAGCAGCAGCCGCCGCCUCUGCCUCACGGGCCGCACUUAAAGGGACUGGCGGGCGAUUGCCGAGGGCGGAUGGAGGCGCCUCCUCGCCCAGCCUGAACUCAGAAGGGGCGAGAGCGGAGCGCGGGGCCCGCCUCCUGCCGCAGGAGCUGCCGCGCAAGCCACAGGAGGAGCGGCGGGGACGCUGACUUCUCCCCGCGGGAGCCCCCAGCAUGGUUGACUAUAUUGUGGAGUAUGACUAUGAUGCUGUACAUGAUGAUGAAUUAACUAUUCGAGUUGGGGAAGUCAUCAGGAAUGUGAAAAAACUACAGGAGGAAGGAUGGCUAGAAGGAGAAUUAAAUGGGAGAAGAGGAAUGUUCCCUGAUAAUUUUGUAAAGGAAAUUAAAAGAGAGACAGAAUCCAAGGAUGACAAUUUGCCGAUCAAACGGGAAAGGCAUGGGAAUGUAGCAAGUCUUGUACAACGAAUAAGCACCUAUGGACUUCCAGCUGGAGGAAUUCAGCCACAUCCACAAACCAAAAACAUUAAGAAGAAGAGCAAGAAGCGUCAGUGUAAAGUUCUUUUUGAAUACAUGCCACAAAAUGAAGAUGAACUGGAGCUGAAAGUGGGAGAUAUUAUUGAUAUUAAUGAAGAGGUAGAAGAAGGCUGGUGGAGUGGAAUCCUGAACAACAAGUUGGGAUUGUUUCCUUCAAAUUUUGUCAAAGAGUUAGAGGUAACAGAUGAUGGUGAAACUCAAGAAGCCCAGGAGGAUUCAGAAACGAUUUUGACUGGGCCUACUUCACCUUUACCCUCUCCUGGGAAUGGGAGUGAAGCUACACCUGGAUCAGUUACACAGCCAAAGAAAAUUCGAGGAGUUGGAUUUGGAGAUAUUUUUAAAGAAGGCUCUGUGAAACUUAGGACAAGAACAUCCAGUAGUGAAACAGAAGAGAAAAAAUCAGAAAAGCCAUUAAUCACACAGUCAUUAGGAUCCAAAACUCAGAGUGUGGAAAUAGCAAAAACAGACACUGAAGGUAAAAUUAAAGCUAAGGAAUACUGUAGAACAUUAUUUGCAUAUGAAGGUACUAAUGAAGAUGAACUUACUUUUAAAGAGGGGGAGAUAAUUCAUUUGAUAAGUAAGGAGACUGGAGAAGCUGGCUGGUGGAAGGGUGAACUUAAUGGCAAAGAAGGUGUAUUUCCAGACAAUUUUGCUGUUCAAAUAAAUGAAUUUGAUAAAGAUUUCCCAAAACCAAAGAAACCACCACCUCCCACUAAGGGUCCAGCUCCAAAGCCUGAGCUGAUAGCUUCAGAGAAGAAGUAUUUUCUUUUAAAGCCUGAAGAGAAAGAUGAAAAAUCAGUGCUGGAACAGAAACCUUCUAAACCAGCAGCUCCACAAGUCCCACCCAAGAAGCCUACUCCACCCACCAAAGCCAAUAAUUUAUUGCGAUCUUCUGGAACAAUGUACCCAAAGCGACCUGAAAAACCAGUUCCUCCACCACCUCCUAUAGCCAAGAUGAAUGGGGAUGUUUCUACCAUUUCAUCAAAAUUUGAAAGUGAACCAGUAUCAAAACCAAAGCUAGAUUCUGAACAGUUGCCACUUAGACCAAAAUCAGUAGACCUUGAUUCAUUUACAGUAAAGAGCUCUAAGGAAACAGAUAUUAUAAAUUUUGAUGACAUAGCUUCCUCAGAAAACUUGCUUCAUCUCACUGCAAAUAGACCGAAGAUGCCUGGAAGAAGAUUGCCUGGCCGCUUCAAUGGUGGACAUUCUCCAACUCAAAGCCCAGAAAAAAUCUUGAAGCUACCAAAAGAAGAUAGUGCCAACCUAAAGUUGUCUGAAUUUAAAAAGGAUACAUGCUAUUCUUCAAAGCCAUCUGUGUACCUUUCAACACCUUCAAGUGCUUCUAAAUCAAAUACACCUGUUUUCCUAACUCCAUUAGAAAUCAAAGCUAAACUAGAAACAGAUGAUGGGAAAAAAAAUUCUCUGGAUGAACUUAGAGCCCAGAUUAUUGAAUUGCUGAGCAUUGUAGAAGCACUAAGAAAAGAUCAUGGGAAAGAACUGGAAAAACUACGAAAAGAUUUAGAAGUAGAGAAGGAAAUGAGAAGUAAUUUAGAGGUGGAAAUAGAGAAGCUGAAAAAAGCUGUCCUGUCUUCUUGAGGUGAUGUGGACCCAGUGUGUUCUUAAUAUUCCAGGGAUUCAGAGGCAACACUACGAACUUCAGCUGACUUAUUACUUAGCAGUUAUGAAUGCUGGUGUUGUGAUAAAGAAAUACGAUUGUAUGAACUAUAAUAUCUAUAAAAAAGUAGAGGGUGAAUUUAUAUAUAUAUACAUAUAUAUAUAUAUUUUGUUUUGCCAAUAAAAAAAGAGGCCUUAUUUCUUACUGUGCUGGGAUUGCAAACACUUUUUUUAAAUUUGUUUGCUUAAAAAUACUACUGAAUCUGUAUAAAAAGGAAAGAAAGUUCAUAGUAGUUUUUAUAUUGAAACUCAUAUUAUUUUUUAAAGAGAUCUAUACUAUAAAUAUGGUGAUAUCUUUAAAAAUCUGUAAGAUAUAGUAUUUGAGAGGGACAAAUCAGCUUUUUAGUAACUAUAGUCACUACUUUUCCCACAAUGCAUAAGGGAUAUAAACUUGGUGAGAGAGUGUGUGUGUGUUUUUACUUUUAGCCUCUUACCAGGAUUACACUGUCGUGCCUGUUUGUCUGCAGUGCUGUUUAUAUUGUGGGUGAUGACAUAGGAGUUUCUUGCCUAUAAACCAGAUUAUUCACCCAUGCAUAUGGUAAUAACUAAUGAAAUAAUCAAUAUAAUUUCUUCAGCUUUUAGAAUAUUUUAUAUUGCUUGCACUAUAGGAUUCAUAAAAGGAAUUAAAAUUAAAUAUAUUGGAUUGUUAAACACAUUUGGGAAAAUAUGAGGUUUAUUUUAAAUUCAUUAGGCCCAAGGAAUCUAAAAAUGUUCAUUUAACCCUAACUUGUGCCUAGAAACUACAGCACAUGUGAAAUACACAAGCACCA